UUUUAUUUUGUUACACUAAAGUGUUAACACUAGUUACAGUUGAUUGAUAUUUGAUAAGGUUAAGGUAUUGUUACAGCCUACUGUCACUGUACUUUGUUGAUUGUUGCCUAUGCAACCUUGAUUGACACAUAGUACUGUUGCGCAACUUAGUGUAUUAUUUUAGUGAGGACGUUUUGUGUAGUAUAUACGUAGUGUAUAGUACUUUGUUUUGGCUUCAGUGGUAACUGUAUAGCCUUAGUGUAAACUAGUGUAGUCUAGUAUUCCCUCACGUUUGUUUAACUAGUGUCUCAGGUUGUUAUAGUAGCUGUUGUACUGUAGUGUUAUAUAGUGUUAACGUAGUGUAAUCAUGACUAGUGUAGUAGAGCUAACGAAGGUAGGAAAAGAGUUAGGUUAUGAAGGAGAGGAGUUACGUAACUUUGUUAAGGAAGAGCAGGCUAGGGAACGUGAGGAAAGACAUAGUAGAUUAGAAGCAGAGAAAGAUAGGUUAGAAGCAGAGAGAGAAAGAGAUAGGGAAAGAUUAGAGUUAGAAGCUAGGUUACAGAAGGAAAAGAUAGAAUAUGAAAAACAAAGUAGUUUAGAAGCAGAGAAGGAAAGAUUAGAAGCAGAGAGAGUAAGGUUAGAGUUAGAGGCUAGGUUGCAGAAGGAAAAGAUAGAAUAUGAACGUAAGUUAGAACAGGAUAAGUUAGAAAUGGAAAAGGAUAAGUUAAUGUUAGCUAGAAAGUUAGAAACAGAGAAGGAGGAAGCAGAAAGUAGGAAAUUAGAAACAGAGCAUAAGUUUAAGACAGACUUAGAAAAGAUGAGUAAGAAAAAGGUAAAGGUUAAGAUGUCUCCCUUUGAUGAGAAAAUUGAUCCAUGGAUGCGUACUUGAAUGUGUACGAAACGU